AGUCGUUUAUUUGCCUUGGUUCGAAGCUCUCUCUCUCUCAAAAGCAUUUUUCUCCUAUAAAAUGGGGUUCUUGUCAGUGAUCACCGGAUUUUAAUUAUCGAUAGCAGGAUUUUAGGCUUUUCGGUGACCGGAAAGUUGCAGCGGUGAAGACUCGCGGCCGAAAAGAGGAGGAAAUCGAGUAUUUAUUGCCGGAUAUUUUAUUCUCAAGAAUUAUUGUCCGCUACAAUGGCGUUUUCCGUACAGAGACAGCCGGAUUUUGAUUAUCGAUGUCCGGAAAAUGAAGGAAUUAAGUGUUUUAUUUUGGAUGAGAAGUCGCAGUGGUGAAACUCCGGUGAAGAAAAGGCGGAAAUCGGCCGUUCCUUGCUGGAGUUUUUGGGCGAGGACCUUUACAGUUCAUCGGAGGUAAGGACGAGAGCUUUUUUCUUGCUCUGUUUCUUCACUUCUGGAUAAUAAGGUGUUACUGCGACUGUGCACUUUGUUUCUGGAUCCUGGACAAGACGAUUUAGAAAACGUUCAGCCCUGUUUUGUAGCGUUGGGAUCGUGAGAAGAAGCUAAUAACCGGCGUUUCUUCUACCCGUUUCAGGCCAAAUCAUUUAAAUAUUCUGAACUUUACGGCGAAUGUUGGGAAUUUCCAGCGAACUCUGCUGUAUUUGCGUCUUUUACCUAAUUUUCAUGCUCAAUAAUAGGGAAACCAGGAAUUAUUCGCCGUUUCUGGAAGGAUCGCUGUAAAAACAUGGGAUAUCGGAUCGAAGAGCUUUGAUUGUCUCCACUUCAUCGUUAAUCUGAACUCAGAAGAAGUGCUCGAUCUACAAAUGCAAUGGAGUUUAUCGUAGAGCUGGGGCGGUUUUGAUAAUUUGAAGGAAACUCUGGUCAUUUUUGUCUCUAUUUGCACCAAGGGGAGACGAAGAGGCUUUCUCGUUUAUCCUGGAAGAAAUGGAGGCUUCAAAGAAGAGAGAGUAAGGGAAAUUUGUUUGAUUUAAUGGUGGAGGGAGAGGAGGGAUGGAGCUUCAAAGGCAAGUUGCAGAGGCCGUACAUGUGUUGAAUCACGACGUUCAGUCGUGUAACAGAGUUGCCGCUAACCAAUGGCUGGUUGAGUUCCAACAAACUGACGCAGCAUGGGAAGUAGCCACUUUGAUUCUAACCAGGGGCUCCUCCUCCUCACCCUUGCUCAAUUUUGAGGUUGAGUUCUUUGCUGCUCAGAUUCUCAAGAGGAAGAUCCAAAACGAUGGAUGUUAUUUGCAAUUAGGGGCUAAAGAUGCUUUACUAAAUGCUCUUCUGCUAGCUGCACAAAGAUUUAGCUUGGGUCCUCCUCAGCUCUUGACACAAAUCUGUCUUGCACUGUCAGCCCUUGUUCUUCGUGCAGUAGAACUUGAAAAUCCUAUUGAGCGACUAUUUUCAAGUUUAUACAAAUUACAGGGGCAGGACAGCGGUAAUAUUGCAGUACUAGAGAUGCUAACUGUAUUACCUGAAGAAGUUAUUGACGACCAAAACAAAAAUCACAAUUUGGGUUUGGGCCCGACUUACAAAUGGCGAUUUGCUCAAGAGCUUCUGUCUCAUACCCCCAAGGUUCUUGAGUUCCUGCUACAUCAAUCUAAUCGAAGGGUUGAGGAUGUUAACCAACUCCAUGAAAGGAACCGGAGAGUUCUGCGAUGCCUGUUGAGCUGGGUUCGUGCUGGGUGUUUCUCAGAGAUUCCAGCAUCCUCUCUUCCAAUGCAUCCUCUUCUCAAUUUUGUUUACAGCUCUUUACAGGUUCUGCCGUCAUUUGAUCUGGCCAUUGAAGUUCUUAUGGAGCUUGUGAGUCGGCAUGAGGGUAUUCCUCAAGUUUUGCUAUCUAGAGUGCCAUCUUUCAAAGAACUACUUCUCCUACCUGCUCUUAGUAGUGGAGAUGAGAAAGUAAUUGGAGGUCUUGCAUGCUUGAUGGCAGAACUUGGGCAAGCUGCACCCGCUUUGAUUGCAGAGGCAAGUCCUGAAGCACUUGUGCUUGCAGAUGCAGUUUUAAGUUGUGUUGCUUUUCCAAGUGAGGACUGGGAGAUUUCAGACUCGACAUUACAGUUUUGGUGUAGCCUUGCAAGUUAUCUUCUUGGUUCAGAUAUUGGGAAGGAGAGCAAUAGGACAAUGGUGCAUGAAAUGUUCUGUCCUGUGUUCACAGCCUUGCUGGAUGCCCUUUUGUUGCGGGCUCAGGUAGAUGCGAACACUUAUAGUGCUGAUGAUGGAAUUCUCGACAUUCCCGAUGGCCUUACUCAUUUUAGGAUAAGCAUGGAGGAACUUUUGGUAGAUAUUUGCCAGCUUUUGGGACCAAAUGCGUUUGUACAGAAGCUCUUUUCUGGUGGAUGGGCUUUUAGAGAUGCACCUAUUCCUUGGGAAGAAGUGGAAGCUAGAAUGUUUGCACUGCACACGGUUGCUGAGAUCAUUCUACGAGAUGGACAGCCAUUUGAUUUUUCUGUAAUUAUGCAGUUAGUGACAAUGCUAUCUAGCAGAUCAGCAGAGGACCUUGUGGGAUUCAUGUGCAUUGUGUACAAAUCUGUAGCUGAUGUUGUGGGUUCGUAUUCGAAAUGGAUAUCUGCAUUCCAAAAUACUAUUAGACCCUUACUAAUAUUCUUUGCAUCUGGAAUUGCCAGACCUACAUCCGCAAGUGCCUGUUCUACAGCCUUACGUAAAGUCUGUGAAGAUGCAUCUGCAACAAUUUGCGAGCUAUCAAAUUUGGAGCUAUUGAUUUGGAUUGGAGAGUGCUUGGAGAAAAGGCAUUUGACCUCGGGGGAAGAAGAGGAAGUUGUUAUUGCAAUAACACUCAUUCUUAAUGCGGUUCCUAACAAAGAGUUGAAAAAGAAUUCUUUAGCAAGACUACUUCGUUCCAGCUAUGAAGCUAUUGGGAACCUGAUUGAUGGAGACUUGGGGCCUUCUCCUGGACAUUCUGCAGCUUAUUCUCAGGCUCUGGAUUCUGCUUCUAGAGGUCUUUAUAGGAUGGGAGCUGUACUCAGUCAUCUUGCGAGCCCUCUUUCAUCCAAUCCUGCCAAGGAUGACCCUAUGUUGAUUCUUCUGGAACUCUUUUGGCCCCUUCUAGAGAAACUAUUUAGGUCUGUACAUAUGGAGAAUAGCAACUUAUCAGCAGCUGCAUGCCGAUCUCUUUCUCAAGCAAUUCAUACUUCUGGGCAACACUUUUUGAUGCUAUUGCCCAAAGUGCUGGACUAUCUGUUGACUAACUUUUUGUCAUUCCAAAGCCAUGAAUGCUAUGUCAGGACAGCUGCUGUUGUCAUUGAAGAAUUUGGUCACAAAGAAGAAUUCGGACAUUUAUUUGUAAGCAUCUUUGAAAAAUUUACCUCGGCAGCAUCCAUAUCUGCUCUUAAUUCAUCUUACAUAUGUGAUCAAGAGCCUGAUUUGGUGGAGGCUUAUACGGGUUUCGCAUCCACAUUUGUUCGAUGUUGUCCGAAGGAGGUAGUGGCUGCAUCUGGUUCGCUUCUCGAAGUGUCCUUUCAGAAAGCUGCUAUCUGUUGCACGGCCAUGCAUCGUGGGGCUGCACUAGCAGCAAUGUCGUACAUGUCGUGUUUUCUAGAAGCUGCAUUGACAUCAUUGCUGGAAAAAAUGUCUUGCAUAACUGAAGGAUCAUUCAUGGCAGUCACAAUUCAGGUUUGUUCUCGCAGCGGUGAGGGCCUUCUAUCAAAUGUGUUGUAUGCUCUACUUGGCGUCUCAGCAAUGUCGAGGGUGCACAAAUCUGCAACAAUCUUGCAACAGUUUGCUGCAAUCUGUCGUUUGAGUGAGAAAACAACAUUGAAAGCCCUUCUCUCGUGGGAGUCUUUACAAGGAUGGCUGCAUUUAGUGGUGUGUGCCCUGCCAGCUGAGUACCUUAAACAAGGGGAAGCAGAAAUUUUGGUGCCAAAAUGGCUGAAGGCUCUCGAAGGUGCAGCCUCAGACUACCUAGAGAGCAAGACCUGCACUGGUAGGAGAACAAGCGACGGAUACAUGCAAGGGAAAGGAGGAAGGGCCCUAAAGCAUAUCAUUCGGGAUUUUGCUGACACACAUCGCAAUGUUCCCAAUCUAACAUAGCCAUUUGAACUUCAGGUCUCAUUCAAGAUCUACUUUCCUAUUACCACUCUACCACCAUCUCAAAACUCAUUCUUUCUAUGCACCACAAAGGUGACCUUCUCAGACUUCCCCAUUGCUGGUGGCUCCUGUAACGAAAACUGUAAAUUGAAGGUGUGUUUGGAGCAAGUUAUUUACUCUCUCUCUCUUCUCUCUAAAGGUUUUUUUGGUACGUCUGCUGUAGCGGCUUAUAGAAUAACUGUUUCCAUUCCUUGCCUCAAGGUUUUGUUAGAGGCUUUCACAUUGUCUGUAAUCCUUUGUAUGCAGCUGUGAAUCUGCAAUGUACAGUAAGGCUCAUUAAACUGAAAAUUUUGUUUUACACCUUGAAAAAUGAAUGGAAAUCCUGAUGUUUUUGCCUCC